UUCUUAAAACAUAUGGAUAAAUUAUCAAUUCCAGCAUUAAGAAGUGUAAAUUCAGUCCGAAGCUUCUAUAAAGGGAGUCCCACUUAUAUAGAUUUUUAUGAUCCACCAUGUUUGAAGGGGAAUAUCAGGUGAAAUAAUGUUCAUCCAGGGGGUUUCUUUGGAGAUAAUGAAAAUAUGAUGUGAGGCUUGAUGAAAUAUCCAAACAAAAUGUAUUUCAACACUGGUCCAUGAUCGUUGCACUAAUUGUUGCACCUUCAAAGAAGCAAGCCACACUAUUGCGAAGGGUAAACUUUUAUAUAUUCAGAGCAAACAUGAUGAGACAUGAUAACAUUUUCUGCUUUAAAAGGAGGAUGGCAUUUUUGUGUAAAAUACAGGCACUCCUGCAAAGGAAUAGAUGACACAUCUCGUAAUGCUCAUAAAGGUGCAUCUAAUUUAGCUAGUAAUCUGAAACUUCCUGUGGGGCUGCUCCAUGGACAUGAUGGAGUAAGGUUUUACUAUGCAAAAGGUCAUUCAUCCAGAUUCAUCCAAAAAGUUAUGCAACAUUUAACAUUAUGUGGGUGGGUGUCAUUUUGUCUGUGUCACACUGUAUAUACUUUGUCAUUAAAUGUAAAAAGGUUUUAUCUCCAAUUUGAAUCAUGUCACUGGUACUCAC